UUACAAUCAUGGGGUCUUGCAUGCUCCAAGAACAGUAAAGUUUUGGAUAUGGCAAAGAAGACCCUUCGUGUAAUUUACCUUUUUCUUAGUAUUCUCCUUUUUUGCGAACUCAUCGACGAGGCGCAGGGCAGUCGUUUGAGGUGUCAUCAUUCACAAGAUUACCCAUGCAAGAAACGUUCCAGCCAUCAUCAUCAUCAUAACCAUCAUUUUCAUCACCAUUAUCAUCAUCAUCACAAGGACACUCCGAAUGAAUCAAAGGAUCUUCAACGAAGCAUCAAGACGAGAAGGAGCAAGGUUUUUUACGGUGUUGAUGCUUUCCGGCCUACUGCGCCAGGUCACAGCCCCGGUGUUGGCCACUCAAUCAAGACUUGA